AUGAAUCUUUCUCGACCGUUGUUGAAGUCGAUUGCUUCACUGGGCUUCAAUAAACCCACACCAAUCCAAGCAGCCGCCAUUCCUGUCGCAUUACUCGGCAAGGACGUUGUUGGUAACGCCAUGACCGGGUCGGGCAAGACAGCUGCUUUUAUUAUACCGAUGGUCGAACGACUUCUUUAUCGCGAGAAAGGGAAAAAGGCUGCAGCAACUAGGUGCCUUGUCCUUGUCCCGACACGGGAGUUGGCAGUUCAAUGUUUUGAUGUUGGCGUUAAGCUCUCGACACACACAGACAUUCAGCUAUGUCUUCUCGUAGGUGGGUUGUCCCUCAAAUCGCAGGAAGUGGCUCUUCGUGCUCGGCCAGACAUCGUCAUCGCCACUCCCGGCCGACUUAUUGACCACAUCCGCAACUCCCCGGCUUUCACACUUGAUGCUAUUGACAUUUUGGUACUCGACGAGGCCGAUAGAAUGUUAUCUGACGGUUUCGCUGACGAGCUAGCGGAGAUUAUCAAGUCAUGCCCAGUUUCUCGCCAGACGAUGUUAUUCUCUGCAACCAUGACGGACUCAGUCGAUGAGCUUGUCAAGAUGUCCUUAAAUAAGCCGGUACGAUUGUUCGUCGACCCGAGAAAAGCAACGGCUCGUGGCUUGGUUCAGGAAUUCGUUCGUGUUCGUGCUGGGAAGGACAGCGAGCGAUCCGCUCUACUUGUCGCACUUUGUAAAAGGACAUUCAAGAACAGAGUCAUUAUUUUUUUGCGCAGCAAAAAACUUGCCCAUCAGAUGAGGAUUGUCUUUAGCUUGUUGGGUCUCAAAUGCGAAGAAUUACAUGGAGAUUUGUCUCAAGAGCAACGUUUAAAAGCAUUGCAAUUGUUUCGAGACGGACAAGUUGAUUUUCUGAUGGCCACGGACUUGGCCUCCCGUGGUCUUGACAUCAAGGGCGUUGAGACGAUUAUCAACUACGAUAUGCCUGGCCAAUUAUCUCAGUACCUCCAUCGUGUGGGUAGAACCGCCAGAGCUGGAAAGCAAGGACGGGUUCAUAUCCUCGUUGCCUUCAUGAGCUCGGAUGAGGUCUGA